GUUCUGUUUCUACUAGUAAACAAAACAUGGGAAAAAUCCAGUGUUUAUUCUCCACUUUCCUCUUCUACAUCCUCCUAUCAUUCUCGCCGGAGACUGGCCGAGGUAGUGGGCCGAUGAAAGCUUGUUGGGGUCAUCCAGUGCUCUCCACAGACUCGAGAUGGAUAGUGGACGAAACAGGGCGACGCGUAAAACUGGCUUGCGUGAAUUGGGUGUCUCAUCUUGAACCGAUGCUAGCCGAGGGGUUAAGCAGGAAGCCAGUCAGUUUGAUUGCAAACAGGAUUCGAGAAAUGGGAUUCAAUUGUGUGAGGCUUACUUGGCCUCUGUUCUUGGCUACUAAUGAUUCAUUGAGUUCUCUAACUGUUAGACAAUCUUUUCAAAGCCUUGGAUUACUUGAAUCUAUUGCUGGCCUUCAAACUAAUAAUCCAUCCAUAAUUGAUCAGACCCUGAUUGAGGCUUACAAGGCAGUAGUGGACAGCUUAGCAGAAAACAAUGUAAUGGUGAUAUUGGAUAAUCAUAUAAGUAAACCAGGAUGGUGUUGUAGUAACUUUGAUGAUAAUGGAUUCUUUGGAGACAAGUACUUCAAUCCUGACCUUUGGAUUAAUGGUCUCACCAAGAUGGCUACACUCUUUAGCAACACUUCAAACGUCGUAGGCAUGAGCUUGAGGAACGAACUCCGUGGUCACAAACAAAAUGUUAACGAUUGGUACAAAUAUAUGCAAAAGGGAGCUGAAGCAGUGCAUUCAGCAAAUCCUAACAUUCUAGUAAUUCUUUCGGGGUUGAGCUACGACACGGACUUGUCAUUCCUCCAACAUCGGACAUUGGACUUGUCGUUUACGGGCAAGGUUGUAUUUGAGGUGCAUUGGUAUGGUUUCACAGAUGGGACUGCAUGGAAGUCAGGAAAUCCUAACCAAGUGUGUGGGAGGAUAGUAAGUAAUGUGAAGAGAAAAGCAGGGUUUUUGGUUGAUAAAGGGUAUCCAUUGUUUGUCAGUGAGUUUGGGAUAGAACAAAAGGGAACCAAUGUUAAUGAUAACAGGUACUUUAAUUGCUUCAUGAGUGUGGUAGCUGAGCUUGAUUUAGACUGGGCUUUGUGGACUCUAGUUGGAAGUUAUUACUUUAGAGAAGGGAUAAGUGGUUUCGAUGAAACUUAUGGGUUAUAUAACUGGAAUUGGUGCGAGGAUCGCAAUUCAACCUUCUUACAAAGGAUUUCAGCUGUGCAAUCUCCUUUUCAAGGGCCAGGAUUAUCAAAUGAAAGACCACACCAAGUAAUCUUCCAUCCAUCAACCGGUCUUUGUGUGCUAAGGAAAUUACUGACAGACCCGUUGAAGCUGGGGUCGUGUACAGGAUCGGAUGCUUGGGAAUAUACAAACCAGAAAACAUUAAUAGUAAAGGGAACUUAUUUCUGUUUGAAGGCAGACAAAUUGGGGAAACCAGCAAAAAUUAGCAUCUUGUGUACAGACAAAAGUACGAAAUGGGAAAUGAUAUCUGAUUCAAAGAUGCACCUAUCUUCUAGAAUAGACGAUGGCACAACUGUUUGCCUUGAUGUAGAACCCGACACCAAUAUCCUAAUCACAAAUAGAUGCAAGUGCUUGAGUAAAAGUAAUACUUGUGAUCCUGGAAGCCAAUGGUUCAAACUGGUUAACAGCACUGCAAGCACUUGUAAUGAAAAAUUACCUUUCCUUAGUGUGAAGUCUAUUUUUGACUUGUUAAAAAAUGGCUGGUUUGAAAACCUGCUAAUGUAGAUUUAUACCAA